GAAAACAAAAACAAUAUGGUAGAAUUAUCAGAACCCUAAUAUGAUUUUGCAUUGAGUGCCUUAUCAGUGAUGAAAGAUCUCCGAGUAAAAAAAGGGGAAAGUGGCCUAAAAGAAAUGUAAGGAGUGAGGACAAAGGAUGGGGCAUGGUUUAGGUGCACAACUUUAACAAAAGUGGUCAAGUGCUUAAAACCAAGGCAACGAAAUAAAUGAUUUUGUGUCCAUAUAAACUUUUGGCUGAGGGCAUAAAUGAACAGGAUUUCAUCAAAAAGGGCAGAGUUGAAUUUUGAAGAGGUGGAAGUGGCUCUUGAGUAGAGUUGAAUAUAUAGUUGGGGAAGAGUGGCUCUUUAAGUACAGUUGAAUACUGAAGAUUGAGAUCAAGAAUUUGCUGCAUUGAAAGAUCAAGUAGAAAGACAAUGAUUGCUACUAGCAAGGAAGAUGGAAAAUGGAGUGAUCGGAAGAUGGAAGGAGACGGUGGUUUGAGGACUUUAGAGUGCCUAAGAGGAAGGCUGCUUGCAGAGAGACAAGCUUCAAGGGUUGCAAAAGAGGAUGCAGAACUCAUGGGAAAGAAGUUGAUGGAACUAAAGAACCAGCUCAAUGAAGAGAUCAAAUUGAAGGACAGAGCUGAAAAGAAGCUCAAAUUUUUGAAGAGAAAGCUUGAAUCUUUGAAAAUUUCAUCCUCAUCAGUAGAAUCCCAACAGUCAAGUUCCUCCAAAAACAGUGAAAUAUCUUGCAGUCAGUCCACUACUACUUCAUCAGCAGGCUCCAAUGAUCCAGAAGCCCAUGAACCCAAAUCCAACGUCACAGAGUCAGAAACCUCAGAAAAUUUUGAUCGAAGUGUAGCAGACACCACCACAUCUGAGCAAAGCCAUGAAAGUCUCUUCACUGAAGAAAACACAACUCCUCAAAGUAUCAGUGCUUCCAGUUCCAGUUCAAGUACUAGCAUAAGAUGUCCUUCCCCAGAAGGGUUUUGCCACAACCCAACUCACAAAUCUGAAGAUUCAAAGAAUGAUGAAAAUAGUUAUUCAAACAUAAAAUCUUCAAUGGCAGAGAUUGAGAAUUAUGAGAAUGGUCACUUGGAUUAUGUUGAUAAUACACUAGCAUUAGUACCUGCCAGUAUGCCUGCUACCUGUCACACCAGCACUGAAUUGAAGCCAGUUAGUGAAAGUGUUAGACAGGUUCUUGAUGAUCUCAGGAAUAUCAGAGAAAAUCUUCAAAGCUCAAUGGAGAAAAUAAAUAAAAUUAGAGCUGGCCAAUUGAUCAAACUCAAACAUGCAAAUAGUAAUAAUUAAUAAUAAUGUAUACAUCCCUUUUAUAUGAAAUAAUCAGUACUAUAUACAAGUAUAUUAUAUGAAUUAAUAUUUGUGUAUGUGGGUAAUAAAGUUAAUUCAACUGGUUAAAUUCACUCACAGAGAGCAUGUGAAUUUGUGGGGUUUGAUGUCCCAUUGGUGCUUCGAUCUGGGUCCCUACUUUUGGCCCUAUUCUUCUUUUGGUUUUCUCUAAUAAACUUUUGUAGCUUGAGUGAAAAUUGAAUUUUGGGAGGUGGUUGGAUAUGGCAGCUUGAUUCUUGUGACCUGUAUAUCUUAAGAUUUUUUUGUUGAGAUUUGGCCUUAGCUCUCUACAUUUGUUGGCUUGGUCUCUGGUCUGCUAGAAAAUCAAUUUGAAUUUUGACACAUGUAUAAGAGAGCCUGUAUAUGAUGAUUUGGAUAGAUUUGGUUCUAGAGGUUCUCUUUUUUUUUUUUUUUUUUUCUUCUUUUUUAAUCCAAGUUCUUAAAUUUGGAAGUUAUUGGCCAAAUGCAAGACUACCACAGUGGUUGUGACCUUCUUCCUUUCCCUGCUUGACACCCAGAAUUGAAACUCUAGGAUUUCUUUCUUCCUAAUGUAAUAAAAAAAACAAAACAAAAAGGAAGCCAUUUGAGUUUUUACUCUGUGAAGCCAUCUGGUAAGAUUUAAUUAAUAAUUAAGCUGAACAGUACUGCCCAUAAAAGAUUUAAGUAAUGACUGGUUUGGGCUCUGUGCUAAGAUUUCUGCAUGGUGUGAAAAAUGCCCAUAAAAGAACAAGGAUUGCUAAACACAAGACAUGGAUCUUC